AUGGCCGCGUUCCGCCAAGCUUCGGUGUCGCUGGUUUCGACACUCCAAAUAACUUUUUCAGCGAGACCAAUGUGCUCGGAGCUGGGCUCAGCUUCAGCCAGCUCAUCCAGCUGCCCGCCAUCUCUGCUUCUCUGGUGCGUUCAUCUAUCCCGAAUCUGCUCCUUAUGCGUGCGAAAGAUACCAACCAGGAAGCAGUUCGACAUUGAGACUAUUCCCAUAGAAGUGACCAUCAGCGACGCGUCCAUCUUUAACGGCCAGACUGGCUUCCGUCGCGCUGAGCUCCUUCCUGCCAGCAACUCUGGCAUCGACGACAGCACCACAGGCAUCAAGACCCUCCAUUUCAGCAUAGGCAAGGACGCACAACGCCCGCUGAAUUUGUCUCACGAAUAUCAGCUGGUGUUUCUUGAAAGCAACGACUUUAGCACCAAUCAGUUCGUCUUGAAAACGGGCACCAUUCUGGGCGGUGACACAGCUGUCGACCCUGAUACCCUACAAUUAUUUGGAAAUGUCAACCAAACCCCAUCAAAACUUCUCUUCAGCGUCCCAUUUCUGGACGGCGUUUUCCACAACUUUGCUGUUACACUAGACUUUGACACCCUCACUACCCAGGUCUUUUUUUCAGCCGGCGGGGAUCCCCUCGAGGUCGUGAACCAGGUCAUCUCCAACGACGUCAGCGGGCAAGGACAGUUCCACUUUGGCUUGCUCAAAAAGCCGACUGAUGCGGUUGGCGAUAUUACAAGAAACGGGUUUCAAGAAGACGGUAUCGACGAGGGCAUCAUCUUUGGCGGCAUCUUCCAAGAGGACAGCUCGGCGGGUUGCGUCAGCUUGCGGCCGUGA